AUGCGCGCCUCAUUCCCUCGCAAGGCUGGAUUCCCAUCCUUCCCCGGCCUCUACCGCAAGAACAACGUGCCAGCAUGGCAGCGACUGCACCAGAAUCACGAUGGCGUUAGACAGUGGGACAAGGGCCCGCGCGCCAAGUACAUGCUCUACCCAUACUACGCCCUCCUCAUCUCGACUACUGCUGCAUCCCAAUACAUGAUGAUCCGCAUGGUUCUCGGUCACAAGACCUGGUUCGGCUCCAACUAG